AUGGCGGCAACCAAGAGGAAACGGCGUGGGGACCAGGCAGGCCCGGCGAAAAAGCCGAAAAGAAACGAAAAAGAUGCAGGAAAGACAGCUAAGUCUCCCGUCGUGGUACAAGAAGAGGAGGAAGACAGAGAUCGUAUACCAGGCCCCGUCUGCAAGGGCAAGUGGAAAAAUAAGGAACGGAUUCUCAUCUUUUCUUCCAGAGGAAUAAAUUUCAGAACAAGACAUUUAAUGCAGGAUUUGAGAAUGCUGAUGCCUCAUUCUAAAGCAGAUACCAAAAUGGAUCGUAAAGAUAAAUUAUUUGUGAUUAAUGAGGUCUGUGAGAUGAAAAACUGCAAUAAAUGCAUCUAUUUUGAAGCUAAGAAAAAACAGGAUCUCUAUAUGUGGCUUUCAAAUUCACCUCAUGGACCAUCUGCCAAAUUCCUUGUUCAAAAUAUUCAUACCCUAGCUGAACUAAAGAUGACUGGAAACUGUUUGAAAGGUUCUCGGCCCCUUUUGUCUUUUGACCCUGCUUUUGAUGAAUUGCCACAUUAUGCUUUGCUGAAAGAACUAUUAAUUCAGAUUUUUAGUACACCACGGUAUCACCCCAAAAGCCAGCCAUUUGUGGAUCAUGUGUUUACUUUCACCAUUUUGGAUAAUAGGAUAUGGUUUCGGAACUUUCAGAUAAUAGAAGAAGAUGCUGCUCUUGUAGAAAUAGGACCUCGUUUCGUUUUAAAUCUUAUAAAGAUUUUCCAGGGAAGUUUUGGUGGACCAACUUUAUAUGAAAAUCCUCACUACCAGUCACCAAACAUGCAUCGGCGUGUCAUAAGAUCCAUCACAGCUGCAAAAUACAAAGAGAAACAACAAGUGAAGGAUGUUCAGAAACUGAGAAAGAAAUUGCCAAAGACUGUUCUUCCACAUGAUCCCACUGAAGAUGUUUUUGUUGUACCAGCUGAGGAAAAACCAAUAGAAAUACAAUGGGUAAAACCAGAGCCAAAAGUAGAUUUGAAAGCAAGGAAGAAAAGGAUUUACAAAAGGCAAAGGAAAAUGAAACAGAAGAUGAGCAGUGGAAAUGCAAAAUGAAUCAAUGGAUAACUCAUUUGUUUUUCAGUUAUUGUAUAUUUUGUAUUCUGUGUAUAAAUAAGUUUUAUUAGCUAGGGUUAUCUUAAUGUCAAAUUAGUGUGUCAUUAAAAAGUAAAAUCUUAACAAUCAGUGAUGUUUAUCUUUUCUAAAUAAAAUAUUUCCAGAACUCAUCAGUUAAUUUUUGUUUUUGUUUCAGAACUCAUAUAUAUAACUAAAAAUUGAGUAUACUUGAGGUUUAGGCCUGCUGUCUUGGAUUAGAAUUUUUGAUGUAGUAAAGUUGAAAUACAAACAUAUUGGGUCCUUUUUACUUAAAAAGGCAUUUGGCAUUUUUGAGGACAUAGUUUGUGGAUGGUAAAGUAGGGAUAGAGUGAUAGGAAGGAACAUCUUAGUGAGAGGUUUGACUUUGGGAGCCACCAAUUAAUGAAGACUCAGAAAAGCCAUACUCUAAUCUCAUCCCAAGAGAGAGUACAUUAAAAUGCUUAGGUUUUGAGAAUCAAGUG